UUUUAGAUAACAAUCAAUCUUCUCCACCUACUAUUUAUCUCCAAAAGUAGCUCCUUUUAACAAGAUGGCUAUGAGCAUUCCUUGUUAUGCUUCACUUGGCACCAAAUUGCAAGAUCCACUUAAUUACAGCAACUACAAUGGGGUUGAAAAAGUGAAGAGCAUCAUAAAGAAGACAGUGAUUCCUUCUGUUAGUAGUUCCCCUGUUGAAUCUCUUCAGCAGGGAAAUUGGGUCAAGCUCAUUUGUGGUGCUAGCUUUGAGGAUUUGGUUGAUAUCAGGAACCUUUCUCUGGUUUAUACUCUUGCUGGAGUUGAUUGCAUUGACUGCGCUGCUGAGGCGUCAGUGGUGAAUGCUGUAAAUGAAGGGAUAGAAGCAGCCAGAGCCCUUGUGCCCAUACGCAGGCCUUGGGUAAUGAUCAGUGUUAAUGAUGAUGAAGAUCUUCAUUUCCGUAAAGCUGAAUUUGAUCCGGAUGAUUGCCCCCAGGAUUGCUUGAGACCUUGUGAGAAAGUCUGUCCUGCUAAUGCAAUAUUGCAAAAGGGAGGAGUUUUGGCUGAGCGCUGUUAUGGUUGUGGUCGCUGCCUUCCGGUUUGUCCAUAUGACAAAAUAAGAGCUAUUACGUAUGUGAGAGAUGUUAUAGCUACAGCUGAACUUCUUGAAAGGGAUGAUGUUGAUGCCAUAGAAAUUCAUACCAGUGGAAGGGAACCUUCAGUUUUUAAAGAACUCUGGACUGGGUUGGGGAACUCAACUGCAAAUCUGAAGCUCGUGGCAGUUAGUUUUCCAGACUUGAGAGAUUCAACCAUAUCUGCAAUGAAUGCUAUGUACUCUAUAAUGGAAUCCAGCAUAUACUGCAUCAACUUAUGGCAGUUGGAUGGUCGACCAAUGAGUGGAGAUAUUGGGCGAGGUGCCACGAGAGAUGCAAUUGCUUUUGCACGAAAGUUGGCCUCUGCUGGUGACAAGCCUAAAGGCUUCCUUCAACUGGCUGGUGGUACCAAUUGUCACACAGUGGAGGGGUUGAAAAAAGAGAAUUUAUUCCAAACAACGACCAUACACGAGGCUUCAAGAAAUGAGAAAAAUUCGAGCACCUUACAUUCACCAAAUGCUUUGAUUGCUGGUGUGGCGUUUGGUGGCUAUGCACGAAAGAUCGUCGGUAGAGUUUUGAGUUCUGUGCAAAGUCAUCACGGACUUGCUCGUGUUGAAGAUUUCCCCGAGCAACUUCUGCAGGCCAUAAUUGAAUCACUAGCUCUGGUUGGAACUGUUAAAUGUUACAACAUCCAGAAGCAGAUCACUUAGAUUGUAUUUGAGGUUGAUACACCAGCAGAAAUUUAGAACUAUGAGGUCUCGGGAAGGCCUGUUCAAGGAUUGAUGAUUGUAGUUGGUACACAGAUUCUCAAGGACAAAGGUCGAAAUCAGAGAUAACAGUUUUAUCGUCAUACAGAACAUAGAUAUACAUAGUGCAUCAUCGAAGAUUCGCAGGGGAAGGCUUCAAAAUUUUGACAUUACGGAAAUUCUUGUCGCGAAGGCGGCAAAUAGAUCUGUAUAUCACACAGAUUACGUGGACUCUAGCCUACGAUGUGUGAGUUAACAAACUGCAGUUCUAGCAAAGCCGAAGGCAUAAUUUGUUGAUUGACUCAUGAUCAGCAAGUGCCACAUUUCUUAGUAGAAUACGGUUAAAGUCAUCUAUAGUCCGAGAUGUGAGAAUUGAAUAAGUUAUUUCAAGAAAGGUCGAGCCUUUGGAGAUGAGAGAGCUGGAAGAGGGUGCUUUUGCAAUCAAUCAUCGUCCCCACUAGCUACAACUGAUGUCAAGUUCGAUCACUUGGCCCGACGUCUUGUCACAUUUAACUCCAUCCCAUAAGCAGUAAUCUCUACUCAUAUUCCAUGAAAGGGUUUUUGGAUAAGAUUUUUUACCAUAGUAUUCACAAAUACUAGAUGAUGGUGCUCUUUUGGACAGAAAUUUCUGAUCAAAGCAUUUCCCUUCUAAAAUUCAAGAGAAUGCUUACGGUAGGUCCCUCAUCGAGUGUUUGUGAUUACUACGGUCAUGAAUCUUAUCCAAAGACAAUUCAUGGAAUAUGAGCCAAGAUUGGUGUCUAUGGGAUGGAGUGAAUGUGAUAAGACGUUGGGGCAUGUGAUUGAACGUGACCUCAGUUGCAGGGACGAUUGAGUCGAAUAUCACCCUCUUCCAACCACACUUCUUAUUAGAAUACAGUUGAAGUCAUCUAUCGUCCGAGGUGUGAGAAUUGGGUAAGUUAUUCCAAGAAAGGUCGAGCCUUUGAAGAUGAGAGAGCUCGAAGAGGGUGCUAUUGGAACCCAUCAUCAUCCCCACAGGCUACAACUGAUGUCAAGUUCAAUCACUUGGCCCGACGUCUCAUCGCAUUUAACUCCAUCCCAUAAGCAACAAUCUCUGCUCAUAUUCCAUGAGACUGUUUUUGGGUAAGAUUGUUUAUCAUAGUAAUCAUAAAUACUAGAUGAUUGUGCUUAUUGUAGGUCCCUCAUCAAGUGUCUGUGAUUACUACGAUCAACAAUCUUAUCCAAAGACAAUCCAUGGAAUAUGAGCAGAGAUUGAUGUCUAUGGGAUGGAGUAAAACGCGAUAAGAUGUGGGGGUAUGUGAUUGAACGUGACCUCAGUUGCAGGGGCGAUUGAGUCGAAUAGCACCCUCUUCCAGUCAGUGUAUGAACUCUAGCAUUGUAUUACAUGGACAGAAUAAUGUUGAAAUUAUGUACUAAUGUCCUACAUUCAAUAGAGGAAAUGAUUUCUUAUGUCA